GGGCGAUGACAUGAAUGUAAUCAUAAAGUAAUCCGGAGUUUCGACCACAAAUCGGCACGGUGAUCACCAUCGCCAUCACUAUCUGUAUAAAAAAAUGGCACUCCUUUCUCCAUAGCAUUCCCCUUUUCAAUUCCUAUUCGUCUGGAAUCCGAUUCCACCAUCCUCUCUUCUUCUGCGUUGCAAAAAUGGAUAUCGAUUCAACUUCAAGUUUGUACCCGUUGCAUCGAUCCAAGACUGUUCACCUGGUUAGGCAUGCACAAGGAGUUCACAAUGUAAUAGGAGACAAGGAUUAUAAAGCAUACAUGUCUCCCGAGUAUUUUGAUGCUGAGCUUACUCGAUUAGGCUGGCAGCAGGUUGAAAAUUUGCGUAAACAUGUCCAUGCAUGUGGGCUUGCCAAGAGGGUUGAUGUAGUUAUUACAUCUCCUUUGUUAAGGACUAUGCAAACAGCAGUUGGAGUAUUUGGUGGGGAGGGCUACACAGAUACGGUGGAUGGACUACCACUGAUGCUGGCAAAUGUUGGAAAGAGUGGUCGAUCUGCAAUUUCAAGCGUAAAUUGCCCACCUAUUGUUGCAGUAGAACUUUGUCGAGAACAUUUGGGUGUUCAUCCUUGUGAUCGUAGGAGAAGCGUCAGUGAAUACCAAUGCCUAUUUCCGGCAGUUGAUUUUUCAUUGAUAGAAAGUGAUGAGGAUGUUUUAUGGAAGGCUAAUGUAAGGGAGACAAAAGAAGAGCUUGCAUCUAGGGGGAAACAGUUCCUGAAUUGGCUAUGGACACGGGAAGAAAAGGAGAUAGCUAUUGUAACUCACAGUGGAUUCUUGUUUCAUACGCUGGCUACAUUUGGCAGUGACUGCCAUCCGUUGGUGAGGAAAGAAAUUAACAAACAUUUCGCAAACUGUGAGCUUCGUUCCAUGGUGAUUGUGGACAAAAGCAUGUUAGGAUCAGAUUCUUCAACAACUGAUUAUCCAGGAAAGAUUCCUCCCGGACCAGAUAUCCCAAGUGCCGCCAUUGAUGAAAAGAUUGCAAACGAUGAACCGGUUUCUGGGUCCACUUGAUUAGCAACAUUCUACCAAUUUCACACCCUCCCCCAUAUGAACCACCAUAAAAAGAUGAGUACUUUUUUUUUUAUCAGCUAUUAAAACGGCGGUUCAUUUAGUGUGUGAGUCUAGAAAUAUGGCAUCAAUCCUAUUUUGUGCGAAACGAGUGAGGAGCUGAAACAUGAAUGCUGCAAACAUGGUAAUGCUACUCUUGAUGAACACUUUAUUGUUAUGAUCAUGUGAAUUAGAUAGAAAGGUUUUAUGCUAUGCUCUA